AUGCCACCCCGCCCUUUCGUGAACGACGGCCUGUGGCGAUGCCUGUGUCCGGGACUGCUACAACGCAAUGCAUCGCGAAAAGAUACCACAGCCCACUGCGGCCGCCAACUGCGUACCUACAACCGCUCCAGCGCACCCUCCGCAGCAAACGACACUUUCUUCUCGCAGCCCGGGGCAGCCCUGAACGGCUUCCGGUCUUUUGCAGAAAAGCCGCGCGCUCUCCCUUCGCACACUUCACGAGACAGACCUCCGCUCGCCCAGCUCCCGACCUACAUCCUAUACGAACAUGUGCGGGCCGAGGGCGCCAAGGGGAACUUCGACGAAGUCAUGAAUAUCUGCAGGGUGUUGAUCAAAGACAGAGGUGAGCUACCGAAUAGGGAGAUGUACACGGCCGUAUUACACAGCUUUGUCGACUCUGUCAAUGGCACGGCGGGCAAGGUCCGCAAGGUGCUGGAAGAGAUGGGCUUCUGGGACGAGACUGAUGGGUCUCUGACCGGAAAGCCAAGAAUCUUGCUGGAUGCGCGGGGCUGUGAAUGCGUGCUUGAGGUACUUGCAGUGCACCCGGACUACCUCCUCCGCACCGACAUCCUCGAAUACAUGAAGUCGCGAUGGUUCAUGCCAUCCGACCGUGCGCGCAACUUCAUCAUAGCCGGGAUGCUACGCGAGCGACAUUUCGAACACGCACUCGAGUUGCUGGAGGAGAUGGUCAGGAACAAAGCACGCGUGGAGAGCUGGCUGUUUGAUAAGGCUAUAUGGAUGUUGCUGGAGUUUGGCGAAGUCGAGGAAGCAUUCUACGUGCUGAGUCUCAAGGAGGGCGUGCACAGCAAGAGUAGCGGAACCGGUACCGUCCAGCUGAGUAUCGCUCUCUGGGGGGCGUUGCUAGAUGCCGCGGCGCACAAGCAGCUUUACGCAGAGACGAGCCUUGUAUGGAUCGCGCAAGUUCAGCCGGGCUACCUGAAGCCUGGUACCGGCGCCUGCCUGCACGUACUCACUCUCGCCUCACGACACGGAGACAUCCAGCUCGCUACCGAUGUCUUUCGCGUCCUGACCGAACGGGGUACAACGUUCACCUCGCAACACUAUGAACUGCUCAUAUCCACAUACCUCAACGCCAACGAUCUCCAAGCAGCUCUGUCUGUCAUCCUCAUCAUGGUUGAUUCGAACUUGAAGGUCAACGCUGGGACUUGUGAUCCUCUCUAUUGGUAUCUGUCCGCAAAACAUCACAACGAUGACAGCAGACCGAUGCAGGCCUUCAGAUAUCUGCAAGAUUUUGAGACUUCUGGCCGCAAAGUUCCCACCGCUGCCGUCAACGCAUGCAUCAAAGCCAGCAUCGCAAGCAAGCGCCUCGAAGAGGGCAUCGAGAUUUACAAAGCCCUACACACGGUAUCUCAUGCUGGCCCGAACACAGAAACGUUUAACAUUCUGUUUCAAGGCUGCCAUAGAUCCGCCCGCAAGGAGCUUGCCAUGUUCUUUGCGAACGAGAUGGUCAAGCUGGGUCUCAAACCUGACCGAAUUACGUAUGAUCGUCUGAUCCUGGUGUGCCUAGAAUCGGGUGACCUGGAAGAUGCUCUGCUUUACUAUGAGGAGAUGCGGUCAACGGGCGCGACAGCUGGCAAAAAGGGCCCCUUGAAGCCUAGAAGGAAGACGUGGGAGACGUUGAUCCACAGGUGUGUCUUGAAGGGCGACGAGAGGGCUGUUGCGCUGUUGAAGGAUUACAAAGCUAGUGUGGAGGAACCGCGAAUCGCAGUGGAGCGAGCUGUCAUCGAUCGCUUCGAGUAUGGCAUCAUACCGACCAAUCUGGCGGAGAUCGGACGAGCGACAUCCGAGCAGACAGCCGAAGCUGUCAAAGACCGACAUGGCAAGCCGGAGGCUGGUCAAACCCCAGACGCUGACUCGGAACUGUCGGAGGGACGAAGUGGGGCGGAGCCUGAAGGAACGAGCUCGAGUGCGAACACCGAGACGGGGACACAGAGCGCCGAAACUGUUGACGGGCUUUCACAGCUUAUGAGAGUUAGCAAGAGCACCAAGCAGUACUAG